AUGGAGGGAGCGGGGCGCAACGGGGGUGUCCCCAGCGUGGGAAAACCAUCCCCUGGGGAUGGGGACGUGGCCAAAAGACCCCGCCAGGUGGCGCUGCCCCUCGAGGGGCGGGGCGAAGCGCGGCGCGAGAGGAGGGGUGGAGCCCCGCCCUCUGACGUAAAGGAAAAGGGGCGUGGCGCGCGGGAGCAGCGCGCGGCGGGUUCAUUCAUAAGGAGUCGCAGCGCUCGGUGGGGCGGUCCCGAGGGGAGCAGGAGCCAUCGGCGAAACCCCGUCCCUGCGCUGGGAGGGGAGGCCCUCGCUGGAGUCCCGGCGGGCAGCCUUUGGUCUCCCCUUGCGAAGAAGAGGAGUGGGAUGCACUGGUGGCUCAUCACCGUCCUGGGGGUGCUGAGCAGACCCAGCACGGGGGAUGGGAGCUGUGCUCCCCGGGAGCGCGGGACGCCGGGAUGCCCGCCCGGAGAGGAGCCUGCCGGGGAGUGUGGCUCGGCGCAGGGGCCGCUGGGGAUGUGCCGAGCUUGUCCCCCCGGCACCUUCUCGCCGGGGGUCGUACCCUGCUCCGCUCACACCCGCUGCCAGGCCAGGCACAGGAGCCUGGUGGCACCGGGGACGGCGGUGACCGACAGCCGCUGCGGAGCCUGCCUGCCGGGGUUUUACAGCCCUGAAGGGGAGAGGGACCCCCAGGGCCCGUGCCUGCCCUGCGCCGCCGUUCCCCGCAGCACCCCGUGGUGCCCAGGCCGGCGGCGAGCCCGCAGCCCCGAAACACUGGGCCGGCCAGCGGAGACCAACAGGACGCGGGUGACUUUGAUGGGUGAGGAAGAGGAGGAGGCGGCGGCGGCGGCGCAGGCGGCCGUGUUGACCAUCGUCCCCGUCUUCUGCACCAUGGGGUUGUUGGGCAUCCUGGUCUGCAACAUGCUGAAGAAGAGGGGCUACCACUGCACCGCCAGCAAGGACCCCCAGCCUGGUGGCACCGGUCCCAGCUCUGUCUACCACCUGGAGGACACCAACGAGGACACCAUCGGGGUGCUGGUGCGGUUGAUCACUGAGAAGAAAGAAAACGCCGCGGCGUUGGAGGAGCUGCUGAAGGAGCAUCGCAGCCAACAGCUGAUGCCACCAGGCUGCACCCCCCUGAAUAAGCUGCACCUCCUGCCUCAGUUUCCCCCCGCCUGCCGGCACCAGCAGCACCUCCACACGGUGCAGGGUCUGGCCCCGUGCGCCCGCUGCAGCCAGAAGAAGUGGCCCGAGGUCCCCAAACCCGGGGCUCGCCCCGGCGAGGUGACCAUCCUCUCUGUGGGCAGGUUCCGUGUGUCCCGGAUCCCUGAGAUGAGGAGCGAGGUGCAGGGCGAACCCCCUCACGGUCCCCUCCCCGCCGGUAGCGGGAUGUGUCCUCCGUGGUUGAAAAGCACCGAUGGCACCCCUGAGCUGGCACCUGGCCUGGGGCCUGCCUUGGCGGGACGGUGACACCCACAAAGACCCCAUGGUGGGGACGGAGGAUGUUGGGUACCGUGUGAAAGCCAGACCCGCUUGGAGCCGUGAAAUGCUGGAGGUGGCAGCUUGGCUUCUGCUCCUGCCACCAAGGUGUCCACCGGCAGCACGGCAAACCCAACGUCUUGCCCAGCUGGUGAGGAGUUCCCCAUUGCCAAGAUUUGGUGGUGGCCACAGCCUGGUGGCCUGAUGGAGAUCAUCUCUGGGAGCCACUCCACCAGUGGUGGUGGCCAUGACGUGGUGGCCUAUGGAGAGCAUCUCUGGGAGCCACUCCACCGCUGGUGGUGGCCAUGACGUGGUGGCCUGGAGAUCAUCUCUGGGAGCUACUCCACCGGUGGUGGUGGCCUAUGGAGAGCAUCUCCAGGAGCCGUGGCACUGCUGGUGGUGGCCAUGGUGUGGUGGCCUGAUGGCAAGCAUCUCUGGGAGCCGUGGCACCGGCACACAGCUCCAUUGGCAGCACCAUGCAAUGGAGGACAUCAUGGGCCCAGGAUGCCAUUUCACGGUCACUUUCUGGGUCUGUUCAACUGAAGCCUCUCCAGGAAUGUCAUGAGCUCCUAAUUUCUCUCCGUCACCAGGUGCCAGCACUCAACAUCACAGGCUAAUGACAGCCUCUGGAUCAUGGGACAAAUCCCACCUUGCCAACAACCCAGCUGGGGCAUGGGUUGCUCUGGCCAAAGCUGGUCUCCCGCAUCUACAUCUCUGCUAACCAAAGUCUCAGUCAGCCCAGGAGAACGUGGUGGUGGUGGUGCUCUGCUCACCAUGACGAUCACACGCUCCGCUUUCAACAGGAGCUGGUUCUAUAGGCUCAUGUUGGCUUGGCCAUGUCGGGGUCAGUGGGACAACCCACCCAACGUUGGGUUGGAGCCCAUCGAGCUCCACCACCCACCUAGAAAUGGGUUUAUGGCUGGUCCCGGUCACUUCGCCACCACAUCACCGCACCAAAAAAAAAACCAACCACCAAACCCUCUCGGGCUCUUUUAUUUAUUUUUUUUUUUUUUGGAAACAUUUUAAUAGUUAUCGAAUGUUCUACAUCUUACAGUAAAUAUCGUACAGUUACAAACUCUUGGCUGAAAUCUGUCAGGGAGAUCACAACCUGAUCUUCAGAACCAAAACCAGAACAGAAAACAAACAGAAAAAGAAACAAAACCCACCCCCAAAUGUACACUUCAGAUGGACAAACGGAGGCUGUGGGGCUUUCCAGGGCAUCAGUUCAAGGCCAUGUUCCCUACACACCUUUGAGACUUAGACUUGGAAGACAUGGUUACUCUUGGUUUUAAUUUUUUUUCUUUUUUUUUUUUUUUUCUUUGUAUUUAUUUUUGCUUAAGAGGUCCAAUAGUAUUUAAAAAAGGAGCUGGCCUGGCAGUCGAAAUGAAUUAAAAAAUUAAUUACAUAGAAAGAGGGGGUAGGAGCGUGGCACGGGUUUGCUCGACACUACGGGAACAGGAGGGGUGGGGUGCAAUCCUGCACCCCGCUACCUUGUUUCUCCCUUCCUUGCUCUGCUUCCCAGUGGCCGCCGACCCUGCGACUCGCUCCCCAUCCAGCGCCCUGAUCCUGAACCCCCUUCGCCCCGGGAAGAACCCAGCUCCCCCAGCUCCAGGCCUCGCAGGAGGAUGCAGCGAUGCUGCAGGUGGCCGCGUUGCAGCAGGGUUUUUUUCCCUACAAACAGCACGACUGAGCGUCUUGAACGGGGAAUUGCUGCCAUUAAACCACACAGUUGCUAUUCCUGCUUUGCAAACCUCCCUGUAAUAGGUUAUUUUACCCCAUUACCAGUAAAUCUGCGAGUGCCACACACUGGGGGGAAACCCACCUUUUUCAAGCUCUUCUCCCUCCCAAGCGCCUUAACAGGCUUUAUUUUCCUACGAGAAAGCCAGUAUACAGCAGAGAAAAAUAUCCCGAGCCUGAUGCUGCCAACAGCCCGGCAGCUGCAGCAAAGCAAAGGGAAGAUGGGCAGAGGGUCACCAUGUUUUGGGGACGAGGGAUGCUCAGAGGGCCUGAAAAUACUGACAAUUAAAAACAAAAAAACCUGCAAAACCUGGAUUUAUGAGUAUGCAGCGGCAAUUAUUGCUACUGUCGGCUGGUUGGGUUUUUCCUAUUGAAAAUAAACUCCCAAAUAUAGGCUUUUUUUUUUUUUUCCUUCCUCUAAAAAAGCAAGACCCAAUUUCACACCCUCCGGCUGGGGACCGCAUCAUCCCAAAGCCUCCGCAGGGAUGCAGCCGCCAGGAUGCGGAGGGGGAGUCUCUCCGGGAAGGACCGUGUUCAGCGGGGUGCUGGCAGCUGGGGGAAAACCUGAUACCCUGAAACAUCCAUCAUUUAAAAAAAAAACCACCACAAAAACCCAAACCAAACCCUUUAAAUAACACUUCAUGGUAAUUACAUCUUGAAACUGCAAAAAAGCUGGACUGGGGGAUUAUUAUUCAUAAAAUAGAGGAGCAAAUCCUCGCCCGGAGGGUUCAGCCACUUGGAGGCGUGAUGGGUACAGGCUCCAAGGGGCUCGCUCGGGUUGGGGGCCACCACCACUAUUAACACACCUUCCCCCCCCCCCCCAAAAUCUUGCAUUACAGCUCGUGUUUUAAAGCAAAGAUAACGGCAGGGAUGGGUUAAUGGU